AUGGAUCCCAAGCAGCAGCAGCAGCUCGCUCUGCGGCCCAUCUCCACCAGGAGAGCCGGCAGCGUCGCCGGCGAGGUGGCCGCGGCGAUGGAGCGGUCGAGCCUGGCCACCGCGUCGUUCCGGGUGUACUACAGCCUGCGCCCCGGCGCCGUGCCGUUCCUGUGGGAGUCCAAGCCCGGCACGCCCAAGAGCGGCGGCGGCGGCGCCACGGCUGCCGUGUCGCCCGCGCCCGCCGAGAUGGUGGCGGCUCAUCAACAUCAACUCCCGCCGAUAUCGCCGCCGCCGCCGUACCACUCAUCCCAGCUGAAGAAGGGGAGGAGGUGCCGGCCGAGGGCGUCGUGCCAGGCGGCGGCUGGCCUCGUGAGGGCGCUGCUCGCCGUGAUCGGCAUCAGGAGGAGGUCGCAUCGGCGCCCACCAGCGUCGCUUGGUUGA